GGCGUCUUGGGACGCGGCGACUCGGAGGCAGGGCCGCUCGAUUCACGCUGCCUGGCUCCGUGCGUGCCCCGUGCGCAGCAGGCUCUUCGCGCCUGCGUGGUGCGCCCUCCUCCCUUUCUGCCUCCUCUGCCGCCAUGGCGCCCGUGAAAAAGCUCGUGGCGAAGGGAGGCAAAAAAAAGAAGCAGGUUUUGAAGUUCACUCUUGACUGCACCCACCCAGUAGAAGAUGGGAUCAUGGACGCUGCCAAUUUCGAGCAGUUCCUUCAGGAGAGAAUCAAGGUGAAUGGGAAGGCUGGCAAUCUUGGCGGAGGGGUUGUGACCAUCGAACGAAGCAAGAGCAAGAUCACUGUCACUUCUGAGGUGCCUUUCUCCAAAAGGUAUUUGAAAUAUCUCACCAAGAAAUACCUGAAGAAGAACAAUCUUCGAGAUUGGUUGCGCGUUGUCGCCAACAGCAAAGAGAGCUAUGAGCUGCGCUACUUCCAGAUUAAUCAGGACGAAGAGGAGGAGGAGGACGAGGAUUAAGACACAUUGGUCUGCAAUGUUUUGUAUUAAUUCAUAAAUAAAAUUUAGGAACAAAAUCAGUGGUUUAUCAUUGUAUCUCUGCAGUGUGGUUGGACAGGAAAUUGGAAAUGACAGGGCCUGGGGUUUAACUGGCUACUGCUCAUCUGUAUAUAGACACUUCUGGAAAAUGUCAGCUCUCAGUAGUAAUGCCCAGGCAGAGCUAGGCUGAGGGGGCUGCCUCUGACUGAGCAGUAAUGAGGUGGGUUGUUCGAGGCAGCCAGACUGGGGCUUAAGCCUGCCGCUUGGUUAUAUCAGGUGUCUGUCUUAAGGAAGGUUUGAGAACACAGUGUUGUGUUCCUUGUUCUUUAUUAAAAGCAGGCAGGUAUUGUCUUUGUGGGACUUUGCUGGGAAAAUGGCAGUAGGUCAAACAGGUUUCAGGGACAUUUGUCUCCAGUGUUGAUCACAAGUUGCUCAGUGUGCACUAACCUUUUUCCUUCCUGUAGAAAUGAGGGUUUUUUUUUUUUAUGUUACUGCUGUAUAGUCUGCCUGUAUAAAAGGAUUUGCAAAUAUGCCAGACAUCCAUGCCUUUGGAGCUCUCCAUAGGAUUGAGUCCAAGGUCAGCCAGGGCUAGUGGUGAGACUCUAAAGUCCUUAUAUAUAAUGUGCGUAUAUGUACAUAAACCACAGCCUGUCCAAGUCUUUGCAACAAGCAGUUUCACUAGUCUCCAGCAGAGGGUGCUGGAGACAGCUUCCAGGUGUUCCCAGUAGGGGGAGCCCUUCCAUUCCCAGAACUCAGGAGGCUUUCAGGGAGGGGAACGCAAGAUGGGUGUUGCCCAGGAAAUUGCUGCUUCCUAAGCUGUCCCUUAAGGUCACAGCUGGACUUAGUAAUAAAAGUCUUAGUCUGGGGCUACAGCCCCAGUGGUAGAGCUCUUGCCUAAAAAAGUCCAGGCAGAGUGCACCUGCAGGUUACUGGGACAGAGAAAGGCCUUGUGGGGUUUUCUUGACACUGUUCCUGGAGUAUUGAUAGGUGGUAGACUUGGAAAGACAGGAUGAUGCCUUUGCCAAGGGUUAAUUUGGAAAAGUUCCCGGCACCUUAGGGUGCUCCUGAAGUCAAACUCCCGCAGCAGCAUCUGCCUUGCUUUCUAACAGCAGCUCAAAUGUCUGAAGGCUUGCUUCCCGCUCCUGGCCACCCUCGAGGCCUGUGUUCUGUCAGUCAGCUGUCAGUCGAAUGUCCCAGCCCUAAACACAUGGCUCUUGGAUUGAAUUUAACAUGUUGAGGCUUUGCAAUCUUACUUGUAGCAAAGGUUCCAGCGUUUUCUAUUUCUAUGCAAAUUUCUUGAAGCAGAACAGGAGGCAGCAUCUUCUUCAGACCUAUAGGUGCGGGCCCCUUUCGGAGAGAAUCCCCGGAUUUGUGACAUGGGUCUGCAGACCUUGUUUGUUACGUUGAUCUUCCCAUGUGGUUAUUUCUAGGUUGGUUGUACAAUUAACCCAGGGUUGACUAGCAUAUGCUUUGAAAGAGUAAUGAAGUGGGAACUCAAUGGGUCUUCUACGCCUUUCUAAACUCUUGUAACUGAAUGUUGAUCACAUUUUGUAUUAAAGUGGCUAACACAUGGCUACUGUUACCGUG